AUGCUGGACAUAAUAGAUAAAUCAGGAAAAAGUGUGAACCGAGAAAAUAUUAAGGAUGAAAUAAAAAUAGUUUUUACAGAUAUAGAUGGAACACUAUUAAAUAGCGAACAUAAAUUAUCAUCACUAAAUUUGCAAAGUUUAAUAAAAGCAAAAGAAAAAGGAAUUAAAAUUGUUCUUGCAACGGGAAGACCAAUUUUUUCAGUGGAAGGAGUGAUAGGAGAAGAAUUAAAAAAACAUAACUUAAAAUUGCUACCAGGAAUAUACUUAAAUGGAUGCAUCACAUAUGAUGAAAAUGGAGAACGAAUAAUUGACCAUGUGAUAAAUGAUGAUUUAAAAAUGGAUAUAUAUAACUUUACAAAACAAAAUCAAUUUGAUCAAUAUUGUAUUUGGUAUACUUUGGAUAAAACUUUUUGUUUUACGAUAAAUGAUGAAAUUAGAAAUUAUAUGAAUAUAGAAACUAUAGCACCAGAAAUUAUAAAUGAACAUGUAUUUAAAACAUUAAAAGUUUAUAAAGUUCUAUUGUGUUUAAAUGAACAAAAUAUUAGCUCCAUUUUUCAGUCCUGCAAAGACCUCUUUGCACAUAAAAUUAAUGUAGCCAAUACUUUUAUGAGUUACAUUGAAAUGUUUCAUCAGAGCACCAAUAAAUUUGAAGGCGUAAAAAAAAUUUGCCAAAGUUACAACAUUAGUUUAAAUAACGCCGUAGUUAUAGGGGAUGGGGAAAAUGACAUGGAAAUGCUCCAAGGGGUUCCCACUUCAGUUGCUCCAGUUAAUGCUUCUGAUAAUGUUAAGGGAUGUGCUAAGUAUAUAGGCCCAUCCAAUAACGACAAUGUGGUGAGUCUUGUGCUGCAGAGAUUUUGCGGGGUCUGCCCUUGA